AUGUCAUCGUUUGAGCGCACCAAGAUGGUCACUGUUCGACCAGAUGCUGCAGCACUCGCAUUCGACUUACAAAUUCAGGCAUUCUUAGAUAUCAUUUUGAGCUGUGAACUUCCAUAUGACAAGGGCCCCAUACCUGAAAGAUCACCUAACGAUGCGCGAAAACCUAUACGCACAGACGAACUCGACCCCAGGUUAGAACGACCGCCACAAGUGGCGGAAAUGGAUGCAGAGUCCUUUGAACACGAGUAUACAAAGUUCUUAAGUCGUCUUGCCAUAGAAUGUAACUGGCAUUGCAACACAGAUACUCAGAUUAUUGGGUCGGGGGAAGCUGCGAAGGCAGCAGUGUUUUACAUCACCGAAUACAUCACUAAAGGAGAUUUGCCAAUGCAUGUCGCUUUGCAAGCGUUGGAGUACGCAACUAAGAUGCAUGAUGCCAAAUAUAUCACAAGUUCAGAAGUCGAUCCGAAGAAAAAAGAUUGUAAUUUACUCACUAAGUCUGUGAAUGCGAUGAUGGGUCGACAAGAGAUGUCUCAUCAGCAGGUAAUGAGUUACUUAAUAGGCGGAGGUGAUUAUUAUACCAGUCAUACUUUUGAGACUGUUAAAUGGUAUGAGUUUAUACACGCAGCGGAUAGAUUUGAUCUUGAAGGUACUGACUCUGACGAUGGUGACCAAACAUCUGAUCAAGAAGUAGAUACAUCAUUGAUGGAUGGGCAGGUGAUUAUGAGUGUCUCAUCCGAUAAAGUUGAGUUUUCUAGUGAUAUGGCAGAUUAUAUAUUGCAUCCUACGACCCAGGAGUUCACAGACCUUUGUCUUUGGCAAUUCGUUGAAAAUACUAUCAAAAUCAAAGGAAAUAUAUCAGUGGACAAAGAGAGUGAUGAGGAGUAUGAUGAGGAUAUUGUAGACGGUGCUAAACCGGCAAGAAGACGAGGUCGUAAGGCUUUGCCACGUGCUAAAUUCCUUGCCCAACAUAGUCAGUUCGACACACAUAUAUUGCGUUUACGAAAGAAAAAAGUCAUACCUGUAUUAUUAGGCAAUGCAUUGCCUCAUCCAGAUCGCUCAGAGGAAGAAUACGAGAAAUACUGUCGUGCUAUGAUGUUGUUGUUCAAGCCAUGGAGGGAUUUAGGCAUGCUGAAGGAUAAGCAUAUGUCUUGGAGAGGAGCAUUUGAUAAUAUGACAUUUGACCCUGCUAUAUCGUCUAUUAUUCGAAAUAUGAACAUCGAGAAUGAGUGUAAGGAAGCACGAGAUACACAUGCUGCUGCUGUCAAAGAAAAUCGUCGUAAACCGCAUAUGUUUGGCAACAAUGUGACUGAAGAUAUAGAGACUCAACUAGAUAUUGACACAUUUGAUGAUGCUUUAUUGUCGAAUACAGCUCUUGAUGAAGAUGAAUUCGAUGACAUCGACAAAGGCAUGCUUUUCGAAGCACAUCCAGCUUGUGGUGCAGAAAUUGCAGACAAGACCAGUGAGGGACGUUUGCAUGAGUACGAAUCAAUCAUGAAAGCUGCGAGAAAGCGUAAAAGACCAAUCGAUGUUGGGUCCAAUGACACAGAAUCUAAGCGGGCACAUUUAAAUCCAGAAACAGAACAGUUAGAAGAAAACGUGGAUAUCACUUCAGUAUAUUACAAACCCGAACUCACACAGAACAAACGAGAGGAAAUCUUGUCAGAGGUUAUCACAGAAUUCAGACUAUCGGAAAAUCCUGAGCAAGAGAUGAAUCUAAGGAUCAUUAGCGAACAUUUUAUUCGUGGAGAGGUCAAACAACUACUAAUGUUUAUAACUGGGAUUGGGGGCUCAGGAAAAGCCAUGUCAUUCGGGCUACUGUUGAAAUGUUUCGGAGGCAGUGCAGCGGUCUUGAUAGACGGAUAUACUAUUCAUGCACUGAUGUUCUUGCCAAAAAGAGAAGCUCCUAUCAAACAACAGGAUUUAGAAACUAUUGAGUCAGGUCUCGCAUUGAAUAUGUCAGGCAAAGUCGUGGGAUGA